AGUUUCUCCCCGCUCGACGUACAGUGUAGUGUGUUAUGUGUUUGAGCGUUUUAUUUCUUGACGUUCGUGUAGUUUUUACUGUGAAUAAUGUGAUUGUGUACCUAGUUCGUUAUGGCAUUUAGAUACCGUGAAGAUUUAGUCGGCAAACGAUUUCUCUCUGUGAGUGGUGUUUCAAAGAUAAACGUGAAUAAAGUUUCCGAAUGGGGAUGGAAAGCUGGUGUUAUCAGAGCAGCUUCUCUUAAAGAUAACAAGAACAAGGAACUGCAGGUGUUGGUGGAAUAUGAUGGCGUAGAUUGGCAACGCCGGGAAUGGGUGCCAGUGUAUUCGCGUAGAACGUUUCGUGUGUUUUUAGUUGAAAGAACAUUAGUUUGGGCACCUAGAAAGUUAGAAAAGGAAGAAGUCAAAUGGCCCGCUUUGACGUUCACGCCGCUGUCAGCUGACGUCACACUGCAGGCGGACGCGCAGCCCGUCGAGUUCGUGCACGACAGGUUGCUGCACUUCGUGGACUACGCUAACCUGCAGCCUUACCAGGAAUGGGAUCAGUGCCUAGCGGGUUCAGGUUCCGGAGUGGACUCUCCAACGCUGUCAGCGCUGGCCGCUGAAGCAGCGGAGUGGAGGACCAUCCAGGACGGCCAGCGCAUCCUCACCACCACGCCGUCGGUCCUCGGCGGGUGUCGGGCUCAAGUGUACAGAGUGGCUGGUGCCACUCAGUGGUACACCGCCGUCAUUGUUGGUGUCAAUGAGCAUACUGGUGAGCUCACAGUGACUGACGACACAGUUUUGGAGGAACACAGCGAAGACCCUUCGCUGGUUCAGAUGAGGCUACUUGGUGAUGGAGUUAUUGAAUCUAUAAUGCGCGGGGAAGUUGUGGGUGUUAUGCCUAGAAGAUCACGGUCCAACCUACAAAGGGUAGAACGAGAAGCUACUAAGAGUCCAGCCACCACAAGUACCAGAAAGAAGACAGCUGUAAGAAGCAACGGUCAGAUCGCCACUGUAGAGCCACCACCCCAACCAACAGGUUCAUCACCAGAACGAGAAUCAGUUGAAAUUAACAAAAAAGGUGUCGCAGAAAGUGUAAGUGCGAGUGGUGAUGUGGGGGCGGUGAGUGAGGAAAAGUGCGUAAAGGAGGAAGGGCAGGCCGAGUGCGCGCAGAGUGUCGAAGUGCCGAGUGCGAGUGCGGGUGCGGGCGGUGCUGGCGCGGAUGGUGCUGGCGGCGCCGUGGCCUCCGAGGAGGACGACUGUGUGAUAGUGUGCGCGCGCGAUGCGGACGAGCGCAGCGACUCGGGCGUGAGCGGCGUGCGGUCCGGCGGGUCGGCCAGCUCCGUGGAGGAGUGGCGAGGCAUGGCGCACUACGGCGGGCCGCCGCCGCCGCUGCUGCACCUGCCGCCGCCGCCGCCGCCCGCGCUCUACCCCAGCGAGCUGCUGUGGAAGCAGCGCUACCAGCCGCCCAUCCACGCGCCGCUGCACCACGCCAUCGGCGACGAGUACAUCGCGGCCGCCACCUACGACAGAGAGAGACAUGAAAGACUGCUACGUGACUUUCAAGAACUCUCGAGGGAACGAAGGGAUCAGGAGCAACGGGAGAUGCUGGAAAAGCAGCAGAAGGAAAAAGAAAGAGAACGGAUGGAAAGGGAACGGGAGCGGGAACGGGAAAAGCAAGAGAGGGAAGAAAAGGAAAGGAGAGAUCAAGAGAAUGCUGCAUCAAAAUUAGUGUCGAGGCAUUUUGAAGAAUCUUUUAGGAUAGCUAAUCAGAAGCGGGAGCGGAGUAUGUCGUGGUCGCUUCUGAACAGUCUGGCGCCCAACCGCGGCGCGGCGGCGCCCGAGCACGAGCGGCUGCGGGCGGCCGACCGCGCCUACUACCCGCCCGAGCGCCUGCCGCAGCCCGACUACGCGCCGCACGGGGCGCUGCCGCACGCGCCGCACGCGCCGCACCCGCACUCGCAGCACGCGGCGCGCCACGCGCUGCCCAAGCCCGACAAGGCGGCGCAGCUGCCCGCGCUGCCCAAGGGCGAGCCCAACUUCGCGCCCUACAACUACCCCCCCUACCGGUACGAGAAACUCAAGGAGCAGCACCUGCCCGCGCCGCCUCCCCUCGUCACCGAAAAAUCUGUGAUAGUCAAACACGACGCCAAACAAAUCCAUCUGGAGCAGAAGCAUCAGUACCCCAGCAAGCCGCGGAGCGAGCCGUCCCCGCACUAUCUCCCGUCGCGGCCGUACCGGACCGGCCUGUCGCCGCACGCGCCGCCGCACCCGCACGCCGCGCUGCAGACGCCGCCGCACGCCGCGCUGCCGCAGGACAAGAGCCGGCGCCUGUACCAGCCGCCGCCGCAGCGCUCGCCCGCCGCCUACUACCAGACGCCGCCCGUCAAGCCGAAGGUGUCGAGCCCGGCGCCGCCGCACAUCUACGGCAAGCCGAGCGGCAGCUCGCCCGGCCCCACGCUGCACUACACGAUGGCGGUGGACCCGCCCGCGUCCAUGCAGCUCACCAAGGCGGACCGGCCGCCCGUGCCCUACCCGCCGCCGUCCGCCUACUCGCCCGCCUCGCGCACGCGGCCGCCGCCCGUGGCGCACUCGCGCACGCCGGAGCCGCGCCCGCCGCCGCGCGCGCACGGCGACCUCGCCGGCGCGGCGGCGCCGUGCCAGACGCAGCCGCUCGACCUCGGCGUCGCGCGGGAGGACCCCGAGCGCUCGUCGCCCAGGAGACGGAACCCCUUCGAAGUCGACUCGACGGACGCAAAGCGACGGCGGCUCGACAGCCCCGCGCCGGAGCCGUUGAUCGCGGCGGCCGCCAGCGUCGGUCGGACACCGCUGGGCUCCGAGCCCGCGCCGCAGGCCCCGGGCCCGCCCUGCGACGUGCGCGUCCCCUCGGCGGACGGCAGCGUCGAAACGCCGGAGAAGGCCGCCGGCGCCUCGCCCGCCCCUCACGUCACCCCCUCGGCGAGUCCCGCGCCGCCCACGCCCGUACCUCCCGUCGCCUCGACGCCGCCCAUGACGUGCACGCCGCCGACGACGUCGUCGCCCCCCGCGCCGCCCGUCACGCCGCCCGCGUCGUCGACGGCCGACUCGGACACUCCCGCGAAGAUCUCCUCGCCGAGUCCCCGCGACGGCUCGGCGCCGACGGUUCGACAUUUAGGUAAAAAAGCGUGGCUCCAGAGGCACGAAACGGCGCCCAUCGGCGAGGGAGACUGUUCGGGGGGCGGCGGGACGUGCAUCACGCUGCCGAUGACGAUCACGCGAGUGUCGGAGCCGGACGACUCCAGCUCCAACAUCGUGGUGCCCGUCGCGGCGAAGUCCAUCCAGCGCGGCGCGAGGAAAACGUCCAAGCCGAGGAAACCAAAGGAAAUCAACGGACGAGUCGAUGACGCGGAGGAGGACAGCUCGAGCUCCGAGCGAGAGGCCACGUCUCCGCCCAAGCGCAAACCGCCGAAGGCUAAACGGAAAAAAGGGACCGUGAAAAAAGCGGGCGACGAGCCCAAGAAGAAGAAGGCGUCCGAGAGUGGUAGUGAAAGUGAUAAAGAGAGUGACGACAAAGACUCUGACUCUGGUGGUAGUGGCAGCGGCAGCGGCAGUGCGUCCAGCAAGCGCGGCGGCGGGCGUGCGCGCGGCCGGCGUGCGCGCGGCGGCGGGCGCGGCGGCGGGCGGCGGCGCGAGGAGCCCCCCCGGCGCACGCCGUCGGCGGCGCGCGCCAAGCCCCCGCCGGACUCGUUCCUGCAGAACGGGCCGUGCUUCGAGGUGGCGCCGCGGCUGGCCAAGUGCCGCGAGUGCCGCUGGUCGCCGGCGCAGCGCGACAAGGACAUGCCGAACAUAUUUUGCCGAUUUUACGCUUUCCGAAGACUGAAAUAUGCCAAGAAUAGGCAAUUAGCUAUAGCCGGAUUUUCGGAUCCUUACAAGGACGCUGAAGAGGACGAUAAGAAGUUAUGGCUGUCCUCAUCUGCUGGUGCAGCCGAGUUAGACAUUGAAAUGAGUUGUUUCCUAUUGCGAGAGAUCGGAGACCAGUUCUGUGAAUUGUUACAACAAGAGAAGGAAGCGGAGUCCCACCAUCUCAAUGAAGACAAAACGAUAGCGUGGAAGCGCGUAGUGCAGGGCGUGCGGGAGAUGUGCGACGUGUGCGAGACCACGCUGUUCAACUUCCACUGGACGUGCGGGAAGUGCGGCUUCGUCGUCUGCCUCGAUUGCUAUAAGUCAAGGACGUCGGGCGAAUCGGGCAGCUCUCCCAGCGAAACUAGUAAUUCUACCAGUGCCACCACCAAUGGCGAAAGAGAUUCCUUUGGCUGGCUGACGUGCACGUCGGGCGGCGCGCACCCCGCGCGGCGGCUGCUGCUGACGCAGAUCGCGGCGGGCGGCGCGCUGGCGGCGGCGGCGGCGCGCGCGCACCGCGUGCGGGCGGCCUUCGCGCUGCCAGCCUGCGCCUGCGGACACGCGCCCGAGCCCGGCGCCGCCGCGCGCACCGCCGCGCGCCGCCUGCUGCAGAGGGCGUUGCAGAAGAAUGUUAAAAAGGAGGAAGUCAAAGAAGAAACCGCCCCUACCAACGGUUCAUCUCCAGUGAAAUCGGAGAACGGCAAGACUGGUCCCUCGAUCAUGAGCUGGCUCUCCGACUUGCCCUUGAAGACGGAGACGAAAGAGGAGAAAUCGGAUUCCAGUUCAUCAGACUCCGAAGAAGGUGGCAACUUCUCGACGCUCCGCGAAUUGUUAAUACGACCCGCGCCCGAAGGUGGCGACACGCAGCCAAAGAAGAAACAGAAGAAGAACAAGAGUGAUAUAUUAGACGAGGUCAUCUCCAGUAUUGUUGAAGAGAAGAAAGAUGAUGAUGGGGAAGUGAAGCCUUUUGCGUUGUCCAACGUCGUGAAGAGAUACGAGAGGAGUGGCCGCGGGAGGGAAGAGCUUCCCAUUAGAAUCAUGACCCUCACAGAGUCCAAACUGUUGUAUCCAGAUGUUCCGCACUCGUGGCUCUGCGACGGGAAGCUGCUACAUUUAACAGACCCUGUGAAUCCCGGGAAUUAUAAACCUUUCCAGGACCAGUGGAGGCGCGGGCAGCCGGUGCUGGUGUCGGACGUGUCGAGUCUGCUGGACCCGCAGCUGUGGUCGCCCGACAGCUUCUCGCGCGACUUCGGCGACACGCGCGUUGACAUCGUCAACUGCGCGUCCGGCCUCGUCGUGCCCAACCAGCCCGCGCGCAAGUUCUGGGACGGCUUCGCGCUGGCCGCCCGUCGCCUGCGCGACGAGCGCGGCGCGCCCAUGGUGCUCAAGCUCAAGGACUGGCCGCCCGGCGAGGACUUCGCCGAGCUGCUGCCCGCGCGCUUCGACGACCUCAUGCGCGCGCUGCCGCUGCACGAGUACACGGCGCGCGCCGGCCGCCUCAACCUGGCGGCGCGCCUGCCCGAGUGCUUCGUGCGCCCCGACCUGGGGCCCAAGAUGUACACGGCCUACGGCGGCGCCGGCGGCACCACCAACCUGCACCUGGACGUGAGCGACGCCGUCAACGUGCUGGUGCACGCCAGCGCGCCCGCCGACGCGCCCGAGCGCGCGCGGGAGGCGGCGCGCGCGGCCGAGGACGCGGGCGUGGACGUGCUGGCGCGGCGCCGCGCGCGCCUGCAGCCGCCCGCCGCGCUGUGGCACAUCUACGCGGCGCGCGACGCGGACAAGAUCCGCGACUUCCUAGUCAGGGCCGAGCUGGAGCGCGGUGCGCGGCCGCGCGCGCAGCACGACCCCGUGCACGACCAGACGUGGUACCUGGACGCGGCGCUGCGCGAGCGCCUGUACCGCGAGUACGGCGUGGAGGGCUACGCCAUCCUGCAGUGCGCGGGCGACGCCGUGUUCGUGCCGGCGGGCGCGCCGCACCAGGUGCGCAACCUGCUGGACUGCAUCAAGGUGGCGGAGGACUUCGUGUCGCCCGAGAACGUGUCGCGCUGCUUCGAGCUGGCGCAGCAGUUCCGCCGCCUGUCGCGCCAGCACGCCAACAAGGAGGACAAGCUGCAGAUCAAGAACAUCGUGUACCACGCGGUGAAGGACUCGCUGUGCUGCCUGGAGGACGCGCUGGCGGCCGCGCUCGCCGAGUGAGCGGCGCCGCUCUAGCCGAGCGAGUGGCGCCGCUCUAGCCGAGUGAGUGGCGCCGCGCAGUUGAUCUCAAUGAACGUAACGUUAUUCGCUAAGUUCCGCAUUUAGUGAGAGUGGGAGUGCGCGUGUGAGCCGGAACUGGCGCCGGAGAAGUGCAAUGUGUAAAUUAGUCUGAUCACGGUGAUAUCGUCGCGACGUGGAUAUGUUUUAUGUUCCUUAAUCGAAAUACAAAUAAACUCUUCAGGUUAUCCUAACGGCUUAGUUGUAGUCAUAGUGAUAUGUAUGUAAUGUGUAAAUUUUUAAUUCGAAUUCCAUCGAGUACAUGUAAGAAGUCUAUACUUUUAAGUUAUUAUAUUGAAGUAAAAACGUAUUCGCUCGAAGCAUUGUACAUUAAACGUGGCGUGUAGAUAAGUUUAUCCUAUAUUAGAUUUCUCAAUUCGGUUGGUAUGUUAUGAAAUGAAUAGUUGACGAGAUGUGACAAUUUUCUUUUGUCCUUAUUGCUGAACUAGGCGAAAACAAGUUUUUUUUGUACUGUGUAUAUUAUGUAUGGUUAUAAGUUGGAAUAAAAAAGAUGUUUAUAUUA